AUGUCGUCGAGUAGACCCAGCCGGUCCACAAACACAGGAGGAUCCUCCUCCUCACAAUCAAGACACACUUCAAGAAUUCUCGCUCAAACCUCCAUAGACGCAAAGCUCCACUCCCACUUCCAACACUCCAAUUCUUCAUUCGACUACUCUACUUCAAUCCAUCUCACAGCCAACCCACCAUCAACCACCACCACCGCCACCACCACCGCAUACCUCCACCACAUCCAACGCUCCAACCUCAUCCAACCCUUCGGCUGCCUCAUAGCCCUCCACCCAACCACCCACAAACUCAUCGCCUUCAGCCAAAACGCCCCUGAAUUCCUCACCACAGUCUCCCACACCGUCCCCACCAUCUCCGACCGCCCCGUCCUCGCCUUCGGCACCACCCUCCAUUCCAUCUUCACCCCUCCCACCGCCACAGCCCUCCUCAAAGCUCUAGCCUUUCCCGACGUCACUCUCCUCAACCCCAUUCUCGCCCACUCCAAAUCCUCACAAAAGCCCUUUUACGCCAUUCUCCACCGUGUUACCGGCAGCCUCAUCAUCGACUUCGAACCCGUCAACCCCGACGAAGUCCCCGUCACCGCAGCCGGUGCUCUCCAAUCAUAUAAACUCGCAGCCAAAGCCAUCACUCGCCUCCAAGCUCUCCCUAGUGGGAGCAUGGCCAGGCUUUGUGACACCAUGGUUCAAGAAGUGUUUGAACUCACAGGAUAUGACCGAGUCAUGGCAUAUAAAUUCCAUGAUGAUGAUCAUGGGGAGGUGUUCUCUGAGGUUACAAAGCCUGGACUUGACCCAUAUCUUGGAUUGCAUUAUCCAGCCACUGACAUCCCUCAAGCUGCAAGAUUUUUAUUCAUGAAGAACAAGGUUAGAAUGAUUGUGGACUGCAAAGCCAAGCAUGUCAAGGUGAUUCAAGACCCAAAUCUUGAGUUUGACUUGACAUUAUGUGGGUCAACUUUGAGAGCUCCUCAUAGUUGCCAUUUACAAUACAUGGAGAAUAUGGAUUCAAUUGCAUCUUUAGUUAUGGCAAUUGUGGUGAAUGAGGAAGAACAUGAAGAACAAUUUGAUCAUAAAAACAAGAGAAAAAGAUUAUGGGGUUUGGUGGUUUGUCAUAACACAACUCCAAGAUUUGUUCCAUUUCCUCUUAGAUAUGCAUGUGAGUUUCUAGCUCAAGUGUUUGCCAUUCAUGUCAACAAAGAAUUGGAAUUGGAGAAUCAAAUUUUGGAGAAGAAUAUCUUAAGAACUCAAACGCUUUUGUGUGAUAUGUUGAUGCGUGAUGCACCAUUAGGGAUUGUGUCAAGGAGCCCUAAUAUAAUGGAUCUUGUGAAGUCAGAUGGGGCUGCAUUGUUGUACAAUGAUAAGGUAUGGAGAUUAGGGAUGACUCCUAAUGAUUUUGAGCUUCAUGAUAUUGCUUCAUGGAUUUUGGAGUAUCAUGUGGAUUCUACUGGAUUGAGUACGGAUAGCUUGUACGAUGCGGGGUACCAUGGUGCGGUUGCUCUAGGAGACGGCGUGUGUGGGAUGGCGGCGGUGAGGCUAGGUUGCAACGACAUGAUUUUUUGGUUCCGAUCACACGCUGCAUCGGAAAUUAGGUGGGGCGGGGCGAAGCAUGAGGCGGGUGAGAAAGAUGAUGGAAGGAGAAUGCAUCCUAGGUCAUCUUUCAAGGCUUUUCUUGAAGUGGUUAAGACAAGGAGUUUGCCUUGGAAGGACUUUGAAAUGGAUGCUAUUCAUUCUUUGCAGCUUAUACUAAGAAACACUUACAAAGAUAAAGAGAUUAAUAAGAGUUCAAUACAAUCAACACUUAGUGACCUCAAAAUUGAUGGGAGGCAAGAAAUUGAAUCAGUGACAUGUGAGAUGGUGAGGUUGAUUGAAACGGCUAGUGUUCCAAUUUUGGCUGUUGAUGUGGAUGGGCUCGUUAAUGGGUGGAACUCAAAAAUUGCUGAAUUGACUGGAAUUUGUGUUGACAAGGCUAUUGGCAAGCAUUUGUUGACAUUGGUGGAAGAUUCUUCAUUAGAAACUGUGAAGAAGAUGUUGUUCUUGGCCUUGCAAGGCCAAGAGGAGAAAGACGUCCAAUUUGAGAUAAAAACACAAGGCUCACACAUGGAAUCAAGCUCAAUCAGCCUAAUAGUAAAUGCAUGUGCAAGCAAGGACUUGUGUGAGAACGUAGUGGGAGUGUGCUUCGUAGCACAAGACAUCACCCAUGAAAAGAAAGUGAUGGACAAGUUCACAAAAUUACAAGGCGAUUACAAAGCCAUAGUACAAAACCCCAACCCACUAAUCCCUCCAAUAUUUGGGGUAGACGAAUUCGGUUGGUGCACAGAGUGGAACUUAGCAAUGGCAAAUCUAAGUGGAUGGUCAAGAGAAGAAGUGCUGAACAAGAUGCUUUUGGGGGAAGUGUUUGGGUCAUGCUGCCAUGUAAAGAACCAAGAAGCCUUUGUGAAUCUUGGGAUUGUUUUGAACAAUGCCAUGAGUGGCCAAGAUUCUGAUAAGAUAUCAUUUGGGUUCUUUGGUAGAAGUGGGAUGUUUGUGGAAUGCCUUCUUUGUGUGAAUAAGAUAAUGGAUAGAGAUGGGGAAGUGAUUGGGGUUUUUUGCUUCUUGCAGCUUGCUAGCCAAGAGCUGCAACAAGCUUUGAAUGUUCAAAAGUUGUGUGAGAGAACGGCUUUGAAAAGGUUGAAGGCUUUGGGAUAUAUUAAGAGGCAGAUCCAAAAUCCUCUUUGUGGGAUUGUUUUUUCGAGUAAAAUGUUGGAGACAUCUCAGUUGGGUGAUGAACAGAACCAGCUUUUGCUUAAUAGUGGCGAUUGUCAAAGGCAGAUCUUCAAGGUUCUUCAUGAUUCGGAUGAUCUUGAUAAGAUUAUUGAAGGCUUCAUUGAUUUAGAAAUGGUUGAGUUCUCAUUACAUGAAGCAUUAGUGGUAUCAAUUAGUCAAGUAAUGAUGAAGAGCCAAGGAAAAGGUAUCCAAAUAGUAAACGAGGUAGCAGAAGAGAUCAUGUCCGAGACCUUAUAUGGAGACAGUUUGAGACUUCAACAAGUAAUGGCUGAUUUCUUGUUGAUAUCAAUAAAUUACACACCAACAGGAAGCAGCAUUAUGGUUUCAACAAAUUUGACAAAGGAUGAAUCAGGGAAGUCAGUGAAUCUUGUGCAUGUGGAGUUCAGGAUAACAUAUGUCGGUGGAGGCAUGCCAGAAUCGUUGUUGAAUGAGAUGUUUGGGAAUGAUGAGGAGGCGUCUGAAGAAGGUUUUAGCCUUCUCGUGAGUAGAAAGUUGGUGAAGUUGAUGAAUGGAGAGGUGAGAUAUGUGAGGGAAGCAGCCAAUUCAACCUUCAUCAUAACUCUUCAGCUUGCUGCAGCUCAUAAAUAG